AUGUCAAUCAAUUUUAGGUGGCAUCAAUUAAUAUGUGGCUCAAAAGCAGGAAUCAGAGUUUAUGAAUUGGAUAAAGAUAAAAGAUGUGGUCAUGUGAUCAAUCAGAAUGUGUUGCAUGUUGCUAAGCAACACACGGAUAUUGUACGUUCCAUAUUGUGUCAUGAAUCCAGAAUAUACUCAGCAGGGUUUGAUCAUCAUUUCAUCAUCUAUGAAUCUUCAUAUAAAAAUAAUGGGAAGUUGCAUCCAAUGUUGAUGGUUGUGACUGGGUCUUUUGACAAAUCAGUUCGGAUUUGGUCCAUUGAUGGCAAGCCAAUCCACAGAAUGAAUAACUUCCUUGCCCCAGUGUCCAGCCUCUGUUAUUGUCCACGCGAUAAAACUAUUUGGGUCACUGCUGGACUCUCUUCUGCUAGCCUUUUUGAACCCAAAUCUGGUGAUAAUUAUCUUUUACUUUAUCUAUCUAUCUAUCUAUCUAUCUAUCUAUCUAUCUAUCUAUCUAUCUAUCUAUCUUAA